GGGGAAGUCAUUGUGGUCGAUAAUAUCGUUUAUGAUUGUUCAAAAUUCUUGAAAGAGCACCCUGGCGGUGAACAGAUUAUCAGGUCUUUCAGUGGGGCGGAAUGUAGUUGGCAGUUUUGGAGAUUUCAUGGCAAGAAGGAGAUGGAGGAAUUUGGCAAGCCGUUAAGAGUUGGGAGGACGGAUGGGAUGAUAAAUAAGUUCAAAGAACCACAGAAGUAUGUGGGAUUGAGAAAGCUGGGGGACGGCGAUUGGGAUUGAAAUCAAGGUUCAGCUUCUCCGAUAGUGGUAGAAAAGAAAGAUAGAAUAUUUUCCGUUAUCCGGUAUCUGGUAUCAGGGAGAUUUGGGUAGAGUAGAAUUCGAUACCAUUCGAGAUCACCUAACGCACAAAUCAAUUAUGCCGAAG